AGAGCAAGACAGUGAGCUUGAGAGAAAGAGGGAGAGAGGACGAGGACAGGCAGAGAACCAGAGCUAUAGAGAAGGAGAGCACGAACACUCAACAAGAUAACAGGAGAUACACGUGGGAACAGCUGCCCACUGGAAGAAGAGAUAUAGACAGAGCUGUGUGUGUGUGUGUGUGUGUGCGUGUGUGUGAGCGAGCUCCGUGUGUUUCCACGGUUCUCCUGAGGCCGUGGCAGCCAUGGCGUCAGAGCCUAGCACCCAGUCCAGGGUGAUGUUCCAGGCGACGGACAAAACAGAGGAGCCGGCGCAUCGCAAGCUGGGCAAGCUGACAGUCAAAUACAACCGCAAGGACCUGCAGAGGAGGCUGGAUAUCGAGGAGUGGAUCGACGGGCAGCUGCACCUGCUGUUUGACUGUGAGGAGGAAGAGAUUCCAGAGUUAGAGAUCGACAUAGAUGAGCUCCUGGAGCUGACAGAUGAGGGGCAGAGAACCCGUCUGCAUGAGCUGUUGCAGGAAUGUGGAAAGCCAAAAGAGGAUUUUAUCAACGGGCUGCUCUACAGGAUAAAGGGUCUACGCAAAAUGUCAGGUCCCUUGAAGAAAUAGUCAUAGGUCAAAUAAAAAAAAUCAAGACAAUGUGGAGCCUCGUAUCUUCCCAUCUCCCUCCCGUUAGGGUUAGGGUUGACUGUAACAUGUCAGCGGGACUCACUUCCUACCCUCUCCUUCCCCCACCCCACCCCCACCCGCUCGUCCUGGGUCAGCAUCAGUCUUAACACCAGAGCAGUCGGGUUUUGAAUGGAUUUUUUUUUGUAUUAUUUCACUUUAAUAUAUGGACUGCUGUAACAUUUUGUCUCCCAUAAACAUACAAAUAAUGCACAUGUGAUAAAAGUUGUACUGACUAUUACUCAGAUGGACCUUUUUUUGUGUACAUUUUCGGUUGCCUAUUUAUGUACAUAAAUAUUUUUGUUCUGAUAACAGUGUUGUAUGUCGAAAUAAAAUCGAACAUUUUCAAGACAA